AUAUAUAUCAUUUCAACACCAACGUUUUCUCACACAAUACACACGCUCACAAAAGCUGGCAUGGAGCAAUUUGCGGAUGAGCAUAACCAAUUACAAGCGCCUGAUCACUCAAUGCACCAGUCCUCACCGGAAACGCCGCCACCGCCGCCCGCCGCCGCAACUCACUCCAGUUCCGAGCUGGAAAAGGUGCUGUCAGACACCGAUUUGCCAUUUUUGACGCGGUAUAAGAAGGCCACGUGGAUCGAGUUGAGACUCCUGUUCAAACUCGCCGCACCGGCCGUGAUGAUGUACAUGAUAAACAACGCCAUGUCCAUGUCCACCCGCAUCUUCUCCGGCCACCUCGGCAACCUGGAGUUCGCCGCCGCCUGCCUCGGCAACCAGGGCAUCCAAUUGUUCGCCUACGGCCUCCUCCUAGGAAUGGGGAGCGCGGUGGAGACGCUCUGCGGUCAAGCGUACGGCGCGCGUCGGUACGAGAUGCUGGGCGUGUACCUGCAACGCGCCACCGUGGUUCUCAUGCUAUUCAGCCUCCCGAUCGUGGCGGUGUACCUUCUAUCGAGGCAGAUCCUCCUAUUAAUCGGCGAGGAGGAGCAGGUGGCGACGCCGGCGUCGGUGUUCGUGUACGGACUGAUACCGCAGGUGUUCGCGUACACAAUAAAUUUCCCGAUCCAGAAAUUCCUACAGGCGCAGAGCAUAGUGAUGCCGAGCGCGUUGAUAUCACUCGCGACGCUUGGGGUGCACCUGGUGGUGAGCUGGGUCGCGGUGUACAGGAUCGGGCUAGGGUUACUGGGAGCUUCGCUGGUUCUGAGCUUGUCGUGGUGGAUAAUAGUAACGGCGCAGUUUGUUUACAUUGUGAACAGCCGUAGAUGUAAGGACACGUGGACGGGGUUUAGGUGGGAGGCGUUCGCCGGAGUUUGGGAGUUUGUGAAGCUUUCGAUUGCUUCGGCGGUGAUGCUGUGCUUGGAGACGUGGUACUUUCAGGUACUAGUUUUGGUUGCCGGAUUGCUUGAAAACCCCCAACUCUCCUUGGACGCACUUUCCGUAUGCAUGUCAAUAAAUGGGCUGCUGUUCAUGGUUGCAAUCGGAUUCAAUGCUGCUGCCAGUGUGAGAGUGGGGAAUGAGAUAGGAGCAGGGCACCCAAAGUCUGCGGCAUUCUCGGUGGUGGUGGUCAAUUUAGUAUCUUUCACGGUGGCGGUAGUGGAGGCAAUAGUAGUCUUAUCGCAACGCCACGUCAUCAGUUACAUAUUCACCGGUGGCGAAACGGUGGCCAACGCCGUCUCGGACCUCUGUCCAUUCCUGGCCGUCACCCUCCUCCUCAAUGGCCUCCAGCCAGUCUUGUCCGGGGUGGCAGUGGGCUGCGGAUGGCAAGCAUACGUGGCCUAUGUAAAUAUAGGCUGUUACUACGUGGUUGGGAUUCCAAUUGGAUGCCUUCUUGGCUUUAAAUUCAACCUUGGUGUUAAGGGGAUUUGGACUGGCAUGAUUGGAGGAACUGCAAUGCAAACUCUAAUCUUACUCUGGGUAACAUUUCGUACGGAUUGGAACAAGGAGGUGGAGAAAGCAGGUAAGCGUUUGGCCAUGUGGGAUGAUAUUAAAGAGCCACUCCUCAAGUACCACAAAGAGGUUGAAGAAAUUAAAGAUGCAAGCACACCACCCUAGGAGAGGGCUAUCUCAAAGCUGGCAUCGAGUACUCGAUCGAAUAAUCGCGUUGCUAUCGAUAUUUAGUGUUUACCGAUA